CCGGGAGCCUUAGGAGUCCGUGGGCUCGCGACGGGCGCUGGUGGCGCCCGGGCUGCGGGCACUGCAGGGCUGCAGGCUCGGCGCCCCGGGAGGCGGGCGUGUGGCCGCCGGUGUGGGCGCCCAGCUGGCCGCGAUCACUGGGUUUCCAAGCCAGAAGAUGAGAAGCAGCAGAAGUCAGGGAUGGGAAAGCCCGUGACUCCUGAGCAGAAGCUGCUGCUGCUGCAGGGCCUCGUGGCUGCUGGUCAGAAGUGAUGGUGCCUUCUGCACACCUACAGGACAUGGUGCUGUAACGGUAGCCUGAGGGAGCCCAGUCAGGUGCCAAGAGCCAGGAUGCAAGGAUGACACCCCUGGAGGCCCUGGCCUCCCUCCUUCCCGGGUGCUAGGAGCCAUCCCCAGGCUCCAGCCGGGAGCCCUGCUGCCCAGGGGCAUGGCCAAACCUUUCUUCCGACUCCAGAAGUUUCUCCGCAGAACACAGUUCCUGCUGCUCUUCCUCACGGCUGCUUAUUUGAUGACCGGCACCUUGCUGCUACUGCAGCGGGGGGCCCGAAUGGCCCUUCCCCAAAGCCCCCGGGCACCUGGCACCCUUCAGGCCUUGCCGGUGGCCACUGUAGCACUGGGCAUGGGCCUGCUGGACAGCAAAGGCCUCCAGGACUCCCGGAUCAGCUCAGACCUCUUGCUCAACGUGGAUAUGUUGCAGAACCCUCUGGCCCGGCUCCCACCUGGACUCCGCUGGCCCCGGAGAAACCGCAGCUCAGUACGGCGUCGCUGGUUCCACCACUUUGUGAAUGAUCCACAUGGGUCACCCACCCUGGGUCCCGAAGCCCCCAGAGCAGCCGCCCACAGCCGAGGAACCUACAUGGGAUGCUUCAGUGACGAAGGCCAGGAGAGGACGCUGAAGGGAGCGGUGUUCUAUGACCUGAGGAAAAUGACGGUUGCCCAUUGCCAGGAUGCAUGCGCUGAGCGGUCCUACAUGUACGCUGGCUUGGAGGCGGGGGCAGAGUGCUACUGUGGGAACCGGCUGCCAGCUGCGCGCGUUGGACUGAACGAGUGCAAUCACGAGUGUAAGGGCGAGAAGGGCGCCAUGUGUGGGGCCCUGGGCCGGCUCUCCGUAUACCGCGUGGACAUGCUGCAUCCAAGCGCCAACAAGCGCCGGAUUGCCACCUACCGCGGGUGCUUCCGACUGCCAGAGAAUGUCACACACGCCUUCCCCACCUCCUUGAUCCAGGCCAACAUGACCGUGGAGAUGUGCUCAGGAUUUUGUUCCCAGAAAGAGUUUCCCUUGGCCGUCCUGCGGGUCUGGGAGUGCUACUGUGCCUACCCUACCCCCCAGUUCAACCUUCGGGAUGCUGUGAGCAGCGCAUUGUGUGGCCCUGCCUCUGAGGACCCGAGGAUGGCUGGUUACUGCCAGGUCUACCAGACCCCUGUGCAAGACACACGGUGCACAGACAGGAGGUUCCUUCCCAGCAAAUCCAAGGUGUUUGUGGCUCUAUCAAGCUUCCCAGGAGCUGGGAACACGUGGGCCAGGCACCUCAUCGAGCACGCCACGGGCUUCUACACAGGGAGCUACUACUUCGAUGGAACGUUGUACAACAAAGGGUUCAAGGGUGAGAAGGACCACUGGCGGAGCCGGCGCACCAUCUGCGUGAAGACCCACGAGAGUGGCAAGAGGGAGAUUGAGAUGUUCGACUCAGCCAUUCUGCUGAUCCGGAACCCCUACAGGUCCUUGGUGGCCGAAUUCAACAGGAAAUGUGCUGGGCACCUGGGCUACGCUCCUGACCACAAUUGGAAGAGUAAAGAGUGGCCGGAUUUUGUGAAUAGUUAUGCGUCCUGGUGGUCCUCGCACGUGCUGGACUGGCUGAAGUACGGGAAGCGGCUGCUGGUGGUGCACUACGAGGAGCUGCGCCGCAGCCUCGUGCCCACCCUGCGAGCGAUGGUGGCCUUCCUCAACAUGUCUGUGAGCGAGGACCGGCUGCUGUGCGUGGAGCACAACAAGGAAGGCAGCUUCCGGCGGCACGGCCAGCGCCCGCGCGACCCGGAGCCCUUCACACCCGAGAUGAAAGAGCUGAUCGACGGCUACAUCCGGACGGUAGACCAGGCCUUGCGUGACCACAACUGGGCUGGGCUGCCCAGGGAGUACGUGCCCAGAUGAUAGCCCCCGCCCAAGCUGCUCUUUGCUCUUGCGAGCUGUCGUCAUGCCAUGGAACUGUCCCCUGCUCUGCUGCUGGGCCUUGGACCUCUGGGACAUGGGGCACAUGGCUGCUCGCACAUGGUCAGCAGGGAGGCCCUCAGGGCUGCCUCACAUGCAGAGAGACCUGAUCUAGAUGCCACACCCACCCAGGUGACACAUGACCGAACAAGCACAUGCUCCUGAGAGGUGCCCACACGAUCACAGACACUGAGACAUUGCUCCACAUCACAGUGCUCAUUUCGAUGUGCCUAAGCUGCCCAUGCAGGGUGAGCCAGACGUACCCCACCUUGUAAGUGCAGCCACACAGAGACAUAGACACUGGGGGUCCGGGCAUGUGCCCAGAAGCUGGCUGGCUCUCUCUCACACUUGCACAUGCACACACACACACCCUAGUCUCUGAGACACCCUAGGCAUCCUGUGUCCAGUGCCAGCACAGACCUGCUUGCCAGAGCCCUCGACUCUAGAAUGCCAGGUGACAGGCAUUUGCGCUCCAAGUGAAAAGGAAUGGAAUUGGGGGUACGGACGGUUGAUGCUGGGCUACACAGCCCUGACCUUAUCUGCCAUCCCAUAAAGGUGUGUGCUGUGAUUUCCAGGCACUGCGAA